GGCACAACCACUUCAACAGAUUUCCCUUUCCUUCUUUUCUCUGGUUUUUAAUCCAACCCUAAAUCAUGGUACCUUUCGAUUUGGCUGCCACCUUUUUCCUUCUUAUAUUGUGAAACCCCUCCUGACUUCUCCAUCACUUACCCCUCUCUCUAUAUCUCUCUCAUUCACACACACACACACACACACACAGAGACUCAUCCUGUUUUGCGAAGUAUUUUUUGGGAUAUCUAAGUUAGAAAAAUGGGCGAUAUUCCUGAUUCCAAUGGAACCAACAACGGGAAUGGGAAUGCGAAUGGAAAUGGAGUGAAUGGCAAGGGAUAUUCAGUGCUGAAUGGAUACAGGAAGAGUUGUUGGUAUGAGGAAGAAAUUGAAGAAAAUUUGAGAUGGAGCUUUGCUCUUAAUAGUAUAUUGCAUACAGGAGCUACUCCAUUCCAAGACAUUGCAUUGCUGGACACGAAGCCCUUUGGAAAGGCUUUAGUGAUUGAUGGAAAGCUUCAAAGUGCUGAGACGGAUGAAUUUAUCUACCAUGAAUGUCUUGUGCACCCGCCACUUCUUCAUCAUCCCAAUCCAAAGAGCAUCUUCAUCAUGGGAGGAGGUGAAGGCUCCACUGCAAGAGAGCUUCUGAGACACAGGACUGUGGAGAAGGUUCUCAUGUGUGACAUUGAUGAGGAGGUGGUAGGGUUCUGCAAGUCAUAUUUGAUUGUAAACAGUGAAGCAUUCUGUGAUCCAAGAUUGGAGCUCAUCAUCAAUGAUGCCAGGGCUGAGCUAGAACACAGAGAAGAGCAGUAUGAUGUGAUCAUUGGUGACCUUGCAGACCCAAUAGAAGGAGGUCCAUGUUAUAAACUCUACACCAAAUCCUUCUAUGAAUUAAUUGUCAAGCCUAGACUCAGCAAGGAAGGCAUUUUUGUCACACAGGCAGGUCCUGCUGGAAUUUUCAGCCAUACAGAAGUUUUCUCCUGCAUUUACAAUACUUUGAGGCAGGUCUUCAGAUAUGUUGUGCCUUAUUCAGCUCAUAUUCCUUCUUAUGCCGAUAUAUGGGGAUGGAUCAUGGCUUCAGACACCCCUAUUGAGCUGAGUGCUGAUGAAUUAGACCUCAGAAUUAAACAGAGGAUCACAGGGGAUAAUAGAUACCUAGAUGGAAAAACAUUUUCAUCAGCCUCUACCUUGAGCAAAGCUGUUCGGAAAUCGAUGGUCAAUGAGACUCAUGUGUAUACAGAAGGAACGGCAAGGUUCAUAUAUGGCCAUGGCCAUGGCAGUGCCUACAAACUCGAUUAAGCUUCAAGAAAUGGAAGAGUGAAGAACCACGACCAAAAGCUAGCAGUUAGAAACAUAAGUGCAAGUGGAAGACAAUCUUUGGGUCUUCCUUUUUUUCAGCUGUAUUUCUUUUUUCUUUUUCUGUUUUUUUUUCUUUUUUUUUGUGUAGUAACUUAUAAAAACUAUGAUAUAAAUCUUUAUUUGUGCC